CAUUGAGCGCCACGUUUCGGGGCCACGUCGCGCAUUACUCGCCAUUUUCUCAUCCAGACCAAGGAAAACGUCAAUUUAGGUGCCUGACAGACCCUCUUGUAAGGUUUUAAACCUGCCAGCAACGGAGGCUAGAAGGUCGUAUUUGAUUUGACCGGCAUAGGUUCGUUCUAGCGAAGGCACAGCCGCCUGCAGCACCCAGCAGAAUCAUGAACAUUUUCAGACUCACCGGUGAUCUCUCACAUUUAGCAGCCAUCAUCAUCCUACUGCUAAAAAUAUGGAAAACCAGGUCCUGUGCCGGUGAGUAAGAUUAUUAAGACUAUUUGCAAGCUGCAUACAUCUCCGAUUGCCAUCUCAAUUCCAGUGCAAUGUACCUAGCUAUUAAGCUAGCAACGUUUCCUUGCAGUGGUUUCUUGUGUUGACAAGCUAGCUGCUACUAACGUUAACUUGAGGCUUAAUCAAAUCAGAUUGUUAGCAUUGAUGCUAGCACGGCCUAGUAAACAGAUCAAUGCCAAAUCAAAUGCACCCAAAUCACAGUGAUCAUGACACGCAUUUGAUUCUCGUUUGUAUGCAAUGUCGGUUGCUAAGUAACGUUAGAUAGCUAACGUUAGUUGACUUGUGUUGAGUCCCCCACUCAUUUACUGGCCAGCUAGCGAUGUCAGGUCAACAGAUUUGCGCACGUCAGUUUGGUGCCCCAUCAGGGCCCACUAAACCCUUUUCAGUGUGUGGUAUGUCAUGCCUCAUCAUCCCUGUUGUAGUACAGAAACCUUUGAGCUUAGUCCGCUAAUUCAUUUCCACCCCCGUCGCCCGAUCCGCUGCCACCCUUGUCUGUCCUCUGACGUGGCAGCGCUGUCACUGAACGCGGAUAAUAUGGUAAAAAAUCUAAUUGCUGUCAAAUGCACAGCUGAUACAGGACUUUAUGUUACUUUAACUUGUACAGAAUGAAAUUAGUCAAUUCCCAAUGGCCCCUGGGAAUACAAGGCUUGUUGCAGUCGGUUGUGUAAACUACAGCCCCCAAGCCAUAAGACUUCUAAACAAGACAGCUAACAAGCUAAUCAAAUGGCUACCCGGACUACCUGCAUUGACCUUUUUUUCACUUACUCUCUUGCACCGACUCUACCCACACACUCACACAUACUUACACUGACACCCCAACAAACACACACUUUCACACUCACCACAUACGCUGCUGCUACUGUCUUAUCUAUCCUGUUGCCUAGUCACUUUACCCAUAUAUGUACAGUACAUAGGUUCCUCAAUGACCUCGUACCCCUCCCUGCACAUCAACUCGGUACUGGUACUCCCUGUAUAUAGCCAUGUUAUUUUCUACUCCCUAUAUAGCCAUGUUAUUUUUAUUCGUUAUUCACUGUGUAUUUAUUCCUCGUGUCAUUAUUUCAAUUUUUUAUUACAUCUUGAACUCUGCUUUGUUGUAAAUUGACCUGUAAGUAAGAAUUUCACUGUUAGUCUACACCUGUUGUCUACGACGCAUUUGAAAAAUAACAUUUGAUUUGAAACUGGUUUGGGGUUGAAGGUUAGGUUUAAGAUUAUCUGAGCUGUCAGAGGAGGCACUGAUACCUGUCAUGAUCAACAACUUCAGUAGGCAGGUAGCUUCUCACAGGAGGUUGGAUUUGUGACACAUGGUACUGGGCCUGUCAUUAGAAACAUAAUCACACCACUGUAAGCACUGAAGUUGAAUACAGUCUUUAAUAUACUCUAUUAAUGUUAUUAAUGUAUUGUGAGCUUCUUGACUACAAGUGGGUGCUGCCACUUGCCAGUGUUUGCAGGCUGGCCUUCUGAGGACAGAGCAGCUGUAAGUCUAUCUAUGCCUGUGUUUAGAUCACCUGUAAUAAAAUGCCUUGGAAGUCUUACAAUUCUUAUCACAGUUUUCACUAUCUGGCCAUGCUAGAGAGGACGGAAGCAUGGUGCUCUCAAAACAUAACUGAGAUUGUAGCCACUGACCAUAACCAUACAGUAUCUCUGUGUAUUUUUCAGGCAUAGGUAGGUUGAGGGAUGGAUCCUCUUUCAGCACAGUCUGAAAGAGUAGGUUUUUGCGAUGGCAAGCCCAGGAUUGUACAUCAGGUGGUCUAAGCAUUUGUAUGUGAUAAUGCUGUACUAUGCCUACAUCUUAUGAGACACUCAGUUGGUUGUGUGUUUGCAAUUCUCCUGAAUGGAGUCCAACUAGCUUUUACCUCAUCAUAGAUGCUAAGUGGAUUUGAUCUGUCAUGUUUUCAUUCCUUCAGUUAGAAUCAGAAAUUAAUGUACGCAAGCAUCACAAACAAAGGUCACCUUUUAUUAAUUUGAUGUUGCUGCUUGUGGUAUAAGUUACAGCCAUAAUGCCUGUAAUGUCAAGAUUUGCCAUAGCAGUAUCUUCAAAUUCAUGACAUUUACAAGUGUAAGAUAGAACACAAAACAUUGUGUAGUUAUGAGUUUGCAGGUCCUAACUGGGUUAGCCAGUGAAAUUGGAUAAAAUUAGCUUUCCAGGUUUAGAUUUCUACCAAGGGGCCACCACAGUCCCUGUUCAACAACACUUCUUUCCGCUCUUCCUCCCUGAGAAGUAACACUGAUCUGACCUGACUGGAUAGGUGAAAGCAAGGAUUCCACUUCAUAGCCUCACACCAACCCUGUCCUGUCAGAUCAGUGGUUACUCUAAGGAAGGAUGCAAGGCUAACAUCUCUACCCAAUUAUUUCACAAUUCAGAUGAAGGAAAUGAGAUAGGAGAGGAAGCCACUUAAGGCUUGUGAGAUGCACUCAUGGUGGGCUGUUGUGAGUUUGGGAGAGAACAGCGACAUCUGACAUCUCAUACACCUGUUGGUUGUUUGUCUCUCUGACAGGUAUCUCUGGGAAGAGUCAGAUCCUGUUCGCCUUGGUGUUCACCAGUCGCUACCUGGACCUGCUCACCUCCUUCAUCUCCCUCUACAACACCACCAUGAAGGUGCGAGACGCACACCCCAACAAACAAUGGACCUCUGAGGGUGACAGGCUCAUCCUCUUAGAGCUCGUUGUCCAAGAAACACACCCCGCCCAUGCUCUAUAGUAGAGAGAUCUACUCACAUGAGUCAAUAUUGAAGUACCGUUAAGUUGACACACCCUUGUAUGCCCAAGGUUCAUUGGUGUGUGAGUGGGUGCAUCAAGAGUGUGUACCUCUAACUAUGGAAACCGCUAGUACAUUUAAAACACAGCAGCUAAUUUGCUCACUUUUCUCAUCGGUGUCUGAUUGAGGUUGCCGUGUGGUUAACCUAAUUGGAUGUAUACACACAUCUUCCAAGUUACAGUGAAGGGAUCAAGUUACAGUGAUUGGUGGAUUGUAUUAUGUUUCAGGUAAUCUACAUUGGCUGUGCAUACGCCACUGUGUACCUGAUCUACACUAAGUUCAAGGCCACCUAUGACGGUAACCAUGACACCUUCAGAGUGGAGUUCCUGGUUGUCCCCGUAGGAGGGUUGGCGUUCCUCGUCAACCACGACUUCUCUCCCCUCGAGGUAAGGACACACACCUACUUGUCUCUCGGUAAGAUGAAUCAUCAGUGUAUUAUACAGCAACCGAUAUAGAGCCAUUUUAUGUUUAAAAGCAAAUGUCGCGUUCGAGUGAUACGUGCGCAUUCUCGCAACGAAACGCCCUGUAGCAGAUAGCUAUACACUGAUGUCGGGACCUUCUCAAACUUAGCAGUGAGUGAGUGAUGACCAUGAAAACACACAAUACUGAUGACUAGCUAUGCUCAACAAGUAUAUUGUUCUUCUAGCUUUAUCUAGCUUCAUUUGUGAUAUUUUACCUUGCCUCGCUGGCUGGCUAGGUAAUCAAUGUUCUGCGAUGUUGUAAAGACGAUAACCACUAUUAACUGCACCUGAAGUCGGACGUGAUCGUAUUUACUUUUAUGUAAACAAACUGCUUUCUGAAUCGGAACUGCGCACGUAACUUUUCAUGACACAGCCGGGAAAUGGGUCUAUACAGCCACAGAUUCCACCUCUCACUAGCUCCUCAUCUCCUCUCCCUCCAGAUCCUGUGGACGUUCUCUAUCUACCUGGAGUCGGUGGCCAUCUUGCCCCAGCUCUUCAUGAUCAGUAAGACGGGCGAGGCGGAGACCAUCACCACCCAUUACCUGUUCUUCCUGGGUCUGUACCGGGCUCUCUACCUCAUCAACUGGAUCUGGCGCUUCUACUUCGAGGGAUUCUUCGACAUGAUCGCCAUCGUGGCCGGUGUUGUUCAGACAAUCCUCUAUUGCGACUUCUUCUACCUGUAUGUAACGAAAGGUGAGUCGAGCUGCAGUCUUCUUCUUCUGGCUUAUUUCCUAAGUUUGGUGCAGUGUUUCCGCAGCAGUCAUUUAACAUGAAAACAUAUUUCGGUCAAGGCACACUUUGAAGAUGCUAGAACAGCCCACAUUUACCUUUCCUCUGCAAAAAAACAAACAAGUAAUGAAUAGAAAAAUCUGACAACCCCAUAGUAGAAUAGUUUAUGUACCUAGUCGGCUUGUGUGUUCUACGCUAGAUAAAUAUUCCUCUAGAGGCGCAUUCAAAUUACGAGUGCCAUAAGGAGGGAAACCUUCAUUCUGACAAGCAGUCAAUGCACAACAAUUCUUGCAAUCGCAAGAAAAACAGCAGCUUUAAUGGCCUUUUUUAAAAAGAGGGCGAUCCCAGCUUUCCAUUCCUACUUUAUUUAUUUCUCAACUCCUAAAUAUGUGCGUACUGCACCAUUUUUAAACCCAGAGUUUUUAGCAUGGUUAAGCAUGCUCUGCAAUUCACUGUGAGUGCAUAGGGGAUAGUGGGGUUAAAUCUAACACUGGUCAAUUGUAGGGUAACUUGGUGUAAAACGCCACCUACCUCAAUGUUUUUUGAGUGACUUAAAAAAGUUGUGCAAGAGUAGUGGCAACCAGGGAAAGUGUUGGGGGGGAAAAACAUGGUGACAUUAAGUGGUUUCUGUGAGAAGUACAGGCAUGGUUGUUACCCUGGGUGGCAGGUUACCCCUCUCUGCCAACAACAGCACAUUUUCAGUUUUCCCCUCUCCACAGACCCUUCACAGACAGUCCUAGCAAAAAUCCUUCUUGGGAAAUUGCCCUUUGCUAAGAAGCUAUUUUUGACCAUUGUAAUUGAAAACAAUCCCAGUAAGGUCCUUGCUACCCGAAAUUAUUUGAUAUUGACAUAGAAACGGCUGCAUUGGACCUUUUAAAGUCCAGUAUAUACAGUUUGCUUGUCACUGUAAACACUCAAGAAAAAAGACGAGUAGGCGGCCAGUACGUUGCAAUAAACUUGUUUACUAUUAACAGAAAAUAUUUACAAAAGAAUCGCUGCAUAUAGGAGCAGAUCAUAAUUGUACAUGAGGACGCACAACGGCAACACAUUUUGAAUUUUUGUGCGUCCUCAUGUACGAUGCUCAUAUUUAUUAUUUUGUAAAUAUUUUCUGUUAAUAGUUCACUAAAGUUUAUUGCAACGUACUGGCCGCCUACUUGUCUUCUUUCUCGAGUUCUUUCUUGAAUUUCCUGCCCACUGCCUUCAUCUCCACUGUAAACACUUACCAGGAACCUCUGGUAUUCCUUGUCACAGAUGUGAGCAGAAAAUGUGCUAAGCUCAUCUGUUUAUCAGGAGCGUUGAACCUAAACAUCUCUCCUCUCUGUUUCAGUACUGAAAGGAAAGAAGCUGAGUCUGCCAGCCUAAGUGCCAAAGAUCAGCGAUUUGGCAGACUCACUGGGGGGGUGGCACAUGAGUUGCCCCCCUCCCAUCCCCCCCCUCCUACCGCCAGUGUAAGAUGCCUGAGACAGAGAGCGAGCUGCUUACAGUUUGUCCUGUUUUUUUACCACUAUCAGCGACACCCAGGGGCCUGUUCAGGAGGGUGCAAACGUCAGAGUGCUCAGAUAGAAAUGUAUUGUAUAGAACAGAUUGUCUGUUAUGUAGAGCUAGGGAAUUGUCAGCUCUAAUAAUUAUAUUUCUAUCUGCGACGCUUUCAAAGCUUCACCUUGCUGAAUGCAACCCAGAACAAACCCAAAAAGGCCUUGGGCUUCUGUUUGAUGCAUCUUGCCUGACCUUUUUUAUUACUCUGUAUAAAGAAAGAAAAAGUUUUCUACAUAAAAAUGUGUACUCUCUGUAUGAUGAUUUGACACAUUAGUGAAUGAGAGCUGAAAACAUAAAUUGCCUGUGAUUUGACACUGUAAAAUAUUGGAGCGGACCUCUUGUGGUGGGAUAUUAUUGACUAAAUCCGUUUUAGUAUUUGCAAUCUCAAAUGUGCAUUUGUUUUUUUUCCUGAAUCCAAAAUGUGGGGAAGUGUAAUGGAGUUUUAUCCCCUUGGCUUUGGCUGGCAAACUUUGUUUUGUUUUGUUUUGAGGAUACUAAGUUUUAUGUUUUUCUCUUUCUGACCCAGUGUACUUCCUGUAUAAAGAGGGCCAGUUAAACAACUGUUCAUUCAUGCCCUGGUCAAUACUUAAUAUAUCCCCAAACUGACAGAUUAAAAAAAUCUAAUGAAUGUUAAGUUUGAAUUUACCUGUAAUUGUCACCUGCUAUUUGAAUGAACUGUCAGUAGUGAUAUUUGAGAUCUAUCACUUACACCCCCAAAGAGUUUUCACUGAAAUGCAGUAUUGAUAAACUGCCUUAUCUUCAUUGCUGUGAAUGGCUUUCUUCAUUUAAAUUUACACUAAAACAAAUGUAUUCUCAUUUUCUUCACCCAUGGUUUGAUGGUGUAUCACCUGUAUCUAUAUUUUAUUACCUGAGUGUCAUUUCAAAAUGGCACUUCUAAGUGUUUAAAAUGAGUCCAUUCAAUGGCAAUAUACUGUACGCUACUAAUGCAGACAUCAGCUCCUGAAACCAGUCGGUGUAUGCAGAUUCAUAUGUAGUGUUUCUUAACAAUGUCCAUAGAAUUGUCUACAUGAUGUGCAUAUUGUUGAGCUGACUUUAGAAGAUCUGUUGAUCUUUGUGACAAACCUGAUUCUAUGGGCAUUGUUGAAUUGGAAGCAUUAUUUGGCCUCACAUGCAGAUCAUUCCAAUUUGUUUUUUACUGAGCUUUCUUUUGCAUGAUGUUGCCACCACAAAUAAAGAUUUUACGGAAAACAA